UUAAAGAAACAUCUUUUGAAAAAAAACAAAAAAAUAACACAUGAUUCUUUGGUGACAAAUUGGUGUUUGCUUGGGAGGUUGGUUUUCCCAUUGGAAGAUAAUUUUGAUCUAAUUUUUCUUGCUAGUUGGAUAUAUAAUUAUCUUAUCUAUUAUUUUUAUUAAUCUUAAAAGAAUAAAAUACUUGUUGUGGAGCAAUUCAUAUGAAAACAGAUCAACUCAGUAGUGUCACAACUAUAAAUCAGCAGGCGCUCCUACCAUUCCCUUGUCAACAUAAGUGAGCUACCAUCACAAAACGCAACCAUGGCAGUUCCUCCCCUCCUGCUCUCCUCUCUCCCUUCUCUUCUCGUUGUUCUCGCACUGCUGUCUUCACUUCUACUCGCAGGUCGGAAGGCGAGAGGUGGCUCGGCGACCUGGAAACUCCCUCCAAGCCCACCCAAGCUCCCCGUCAUCGGCCACCUCCACCUCUUGGGGAGCAGCUUGCUGCAUCGCUCCCUUUGGGAACUCUCCAAGAAACAUGGACCUCUCAUGCACUUGAAACUUGGUCGAGUCCCCGUUGUCGUCGUGUCCUCGCCGGAGAUGGCUAAGGAAGUGCUCAAGACACACGAUCUUGAGUGCUGCAGUCGGCCUUCGCUCCUCUCCUUUUCCAAGUUUUCAUACGGUUUCUCCGACGUCGCCUUAACCCCAUACGGAGAACGAUGGAGGCAGAUUCGGAAGUUCUGCACCGUCGAACUCUUCAGCGCCAGGAAGAUCAACUCUUUUAGGGACAUAAGAAAAGAAGAGAUGGAGCGAGUGACGAAACUGAUAUGUUCUCACGCUCGCGCUUCGACCAUGGUCAACCUGAGCAAGUUGCUGCUCUCGCUUUCCUGCAAUAUGACAUGCAGAACUGCCUUUGGCUCCGGCUUCGACGAUGGAGGCGACAUCCAACUCCACGACAUGCUCAGAGAAGCCCAAGCGGUGGUUACUGGCUUGUUUUUAUCUGAUUACUUACCAUUGUUGGGGUGGGUUGAUAGGCUAAGUGGGAUGAGAUCCAGACUUGAAAGGGCCUAUCUCAAACUCGAUAGCAUCUACCAACGCCGUAUAGAUUACCACCAAGAUCGAUUGAGGCAACAAGGUAAAGAGGACGGAGACGUCUUAGAUGCUUUGCUCCGCAUGCAAAAGGAUGAGGAGGGUCUAACAGAAGACCACAUCAAAGGAGUGCUCAUGGAUAUUUUCAUUGGUGGGACGGACACAUCCUCGGCAACCGUGGAGUGGGCGAUGGCGGAGCUCAUCAGACAACCUGAGCUGAUGAAGAGAGCACAAGACGAGGUAAGAGGAUGUGUCGGAAGCAAAGGGGAGGUGGAGGAGAGUGACCUUCACCAACUUCAUUUCUUGAAGUGUGUCAUCAAGGAGACGAUGAGGCUGCACCCUCCCGCUCCGCUGCUACUUCCUAGGGAAACCAUGCAGCACUUUAAGCUAAAUGGCUAUGAUAUUCUACCCAAAACAAGGAUGUAUGUGAAUGCUUGGGCGAUAGGAAGAGAUCCCAAUUCGUGGGGGAGGCCUCAUGUCUUUGAUCCAGAGAGGUUCAUGCAUGACUCCAUGGUGGCAAAUGGGCAGGAUUUCAAGCUCAUACCAUUUGGCGAAGGUCGAAGGAUCUGCCCCGGUAAGAAUCUUGGAAUGUUAAUGGUGGAACUUGUGCUUGCCAACCUCCUCUACUCCUUUGAUUGGCAUUUACCACCUGGAAUGGUGAAGGAGGACAUCAGUAUGGAGGAAGCCCCUGGUGGUACUGUACAUAGAGAGUAUGCUCUUUGUCUCAUGGUCACCAAAUAUGAUGCAACAACAGCCUGAAUUGCUCGUGCAUGUUAAAGUAGUAAUAUGUCUAAGUAUUUUAAAUGAUACGCUUGUAUACUUUACAAGUGAUUUAAAUGAUUAGUACUAAUAUGUUCCUGUUAAAGUAUCAGAUUGAAUAAAGACAGUCAUAUGUGUCGAUUUGUGCAAUUAAAACAUCUGGUGAUAUCUUCAGUUUGUGAUUUAUUGUUUCAUGAAAAGAAGUGUGUGACUAUAUUUCAUAACUUUUGUGGUUGAAUUGUU